AUGGAUGAUGAGCAAGAGCGGUGGAAGACAUAUGAUGAUAGAGCGAAGAAAUAUGUGCUCGUCCCGUCGACUGAGGUCGAAAAGACAAUUUUCCAUAAGAAUCCCCGGAUAUGGAGCGCCCUCUAUCGCGGAAUUGUGGUGGAACCGAAUCAACGGCAUUGCCUCACCGGUAUCACAGUAUUCGAUGGAGAGUGGGGAGCUCAAAAGUUCCCGCGCAGCCGGCACCAAGCACGAAUAGGGAGUCGAUUGGAUAGUAUCUUCAUGCCCAAGUAUGCUGCGGAUUUGCUAGAAGAGCUUGGUUCGGCACAAGUUAUCAGUCCAGAAGGACCUGACCUCUACUGGCCACCAACAGAACGGCCUGGAUAUCUGGUCCAUGCCCACUGUUGGGCGCUACUCGGCCAUGUGAUCGAAGGGGGCAUUGUGCGUAUUGAGUUAAACCUCGACACCUUUGUCCAGGCAGCGUGCCACUUUUGGAAAAAGGAUAGCUCACGAGUCAGUGACUAUGAAGACCGUAUCAUCAAUGAAAUUUCACCAGAUUCAGAUGAACUUUCAUUCGAUUCAGUUGAAUCACCAGAAUCAGAUGGAAUUCCCCCAGUUUUAGAUGAAAUUCCACCAGAUUCAGAUGAAAUUCCACCAGAUUCAGAUUCUCCCAGCACACCUUAUUCGGACGGAAUUUCACCAGAUUCAUAUUCUACCAGCCCAUCUUCGCGUAAGAAGGAAGAGAGAUUCUUUCGUACUAUGCGCGCAAGGGACCUGAAUCCACUGUUUGUGCCGAAGCUCGAAGAGGCUAUGCAGCGAAAUCGGAUAAGGGGAAAAGUACAUCCACACGUCGGAUUCGGUAAUUUUCCACUGCAUCUGGCGAUCCUGAUAAUCGACGCAGUGAUCCCAGCUAAGUACACCGCGAUCGAUGUCCAAAAUGCUCGCAAUUUACUCGAGGCCUUUCGGUGGACUUUACCGGAUGGCUACUGGCAAAAGCGAUGCGAUUCCAGCCUGCUUUUCGAGCUCACGAAUUUGAAGAAAACAAAGUCACAGAUGGAUUGGCAGGCCCUUGGGCUGGAUGUCCUGAGCCGCCUUCUUAUCGAAGACAAAUCUACUAAUGGCCUGAUGAAUCGCGAGCGCGUCCUUCUGGUCAUGAACCAUAUUAAGAAGAGAUUCAUCAAAUUACUGUAA